CGCUAUAUCCCCGUGUCUCUCUGCCUUAGCGCAGCUUGAGUCAAAUACUUUCUUGCUCUUCAUUACAGAAGAAAACUUCAUCAAACAAGGAAAAAACUUUAAGUAAAACAAUUGAGAGAAGAUGUCGUGGCAAGCGUAUGUCGAUGAUCACUUGAUGUGUGAUAUCGAGGGCAACCAUCUCUCUGCCGCCGCUAUCAUUGGCCAAGACGGCAGCGUUUGGGCCCAGAGCUCCAAUUUCCCUCAGUUCAAGCCAGAAGAAAUCACUGGCAUCAUGAAUGACUUUGCUGAACCUGGAUCGCUUGCUCCGACUGGAUUGUACCUUGGUGGCACAAAAUACAUGGUGAUCCAAGGUGAACCCGGAGCUGUUAUUCGAGGGAAAAAGGGCCCUGGAGGUGUUACUGUUAAAAAGACCAACCUGGCCUUGAUCAUUGGGAUCUAUGACGAGCCAAUGACUCCAGGCCAGUGCAACAUGAUUGUGGAAAGGCUUGGUGAUUAUCUCAUAGACCAGGGUCUUUGAUCACCGUGUAACCUUAAUUGUUGCAAUUCUUCCUGGCUUCUUCUAUACAAAAGUGCAUCUACCACCACCUCUUGUAAUGGUUGGCUGCAAUUAAAUAAUAGUAUUACUAGUAUUAAAGUCGUGGGGAGCCUUUUCCAGAAACAAUAGGCUUGGUGUUUGUAAUGGUGAUAAUGCUUGUGAUCCUCUUGCUUUGUUUCUGUGCUUGUUUGAUGGAUGGUAUUGUCAAGAUUAUGGAGUGAGGUACUUUGUCUAAAAUUUACUAUGAAUUGUUCUAGUUGAUUUGGCAAAUCAAUUCGAAGCUUUUUGUCUAA